GAAAGUAGUAGUGUAUUGUGUGUGCUGCACAUAUCACUCCUUUUAGUCGUACUCUCUGUCUCUCUUUCUCUCACUCGUGCGUGUAUAGUCGUGUGUAGAGUGUGUAUGCUCAUCUUAUCUUCCCCCUAUCUUUCUUUCCUUCCUUCCUCUUCAUGUCACAAUCACCUGACAGUAGUAGUAAUAGUAGCAGCAACACUGAAUUCAUUCGAACAAUGCGGCUUGCACGACAAGCAUCCCACGAUGUGUUAAGAAGUCGACAUCAGCUACAUCUGCCCUCUCCAAUGUCAGUUUCAAAAUCAACUCGUCUCACAUCCUCCCGCUCGCGCAUGUCUGAUUCGUCAGGUGAUGACGAACUGGAGACGCCCAACUCAGUGCCUCGUUUUUCAAUAUCAUCCAGUAGUUCAACGCAGACGACACUGUCAACCCCGCGAAGUUCGCUUCCUUCAGUUCAUGAGAAGCAACAACAAUCGGGCUCGUUAUGGAUCGGCCAACGUGUCUUUGUAGAAUCUAUACGAUUAAAAGGCACUCUACGAUUUUUGGGCACAACACAAUUCAAAUCAGGCGUUUGGGCUGGCAUCGAACUUGAUCACGCUGGAUCUGGCAAGAACGACGGCUCAGUGGAUAGGUAGAGUUGAUAUACAAUAAAAUUCAUUCAAUGUAGCACCGGCUGAUUUGAUUGUUG